CAAGCACAUUCAAGCAGAACUCAUUCUUCAAUACAAAGGGAUCCUGCCUGAAUCCAUAAAUUAUUAAUUUAGAGACGCCCUUCGAAUCCAACAUAUUUAAGAAGCCAGUUUACCUUGACAGGCGUCACUCAUUCAAAUUACAAAACACCCGUACACAGCAGAACGAGAGCAAACCAGAUCAGAUCGAUUUAUAAAUAUAAUUUUCAAGCACAACACUGGAAUCGAAAAAAAUAGAAGCCUGCAAAUUGGCAUCAUAUAGGGUUUCUGCAAGGUAAAUUGAGAGAGGAUCAAUUCAGGGUUUGUAAAUAAUUGUAAAAUAUGAUUUCCAGUAUUAGAGGGCUAUUCUGAGAGGAUUUUUGGGCAAUUUUUUGAACUGGAAAGAAAUCAUGUCACAGUUUAGAUGAAUCAGUGCAGAUCUGGAUUCAGUUUUGGUUGAUUUUAGAGCAUUAUUCAAGCUGGAAGGGAAAAUUAGAGUUUUUAGGGUUAGUAUUCAAGCUGGAGCAGUUAAAGACAAUAGGACGGGAGCUCGCUAUGGGCUCCCAGGGCGGAUGGGGGCAGACUAAGGAGUUUCUGGACCUGGUGAAAGCCAUCGGAGAGGCCCGAUCUAAAGCAGAGGAAGAGCGAAUUGUUUUGCGCGAGAUUGAGACCCUAAAGAAAAGGAUAAAUGAACCCGAUGUGCCUAAGAGGAAAAUGAAGGAGUACAUUAUUCGUCUGGUGUAUGUUGAAAUGCUUGGGCAUGAUGCCGGCUUUGGCUAUAUUCAUGCCGUCAAGAUGACACAUGAUGAUUCCUUGUUGCUAAAGAGGACAGGAUAUCUUGCGGUUACGCUGUUUUUGAAUGAGGACCACGAUCUUAUAAUUCUGAUUGUGAAUACUAUACAGAAGGAUUUGAAAUCGGAUAAUUAUCUGGUUGCUUGCGCUGCACUUAAUGCAGUGUGCAGACUGAUUAACGAGGAAACAAUUCCAGCGGUGCUGCCGCAGGUGGUGGAGCUGUUGGGGCAUCCCAAGGAGUUGGUAAGGAAGAAGGCUGUCAUGGCAUUGCACAGGUUUCAACAAAAGUCUCCGUCUUCCGUGUCACAUCUUAUUCCCAGGUUUCGCAAGAGAUUGUGUGACAACGACCCAGGUGUAAUGGGGGCAUCCCUUUGUGCCCUUUAUGAUCUCAUUACUGCUGAUGCAAAUUCAUACAAGGAUCUGGCUACUAGUUUUGUUAAUAUCUUGAAACAAGUAGCCGAGCAUAAAUUGCCAAAGGGUUAUGACUAUCAUCGUACUCCAGCACCGUUCAUUCAAAUCAAGCUGUUGAAAAUCUUGGCCUUGCUUGGCGCUGGGGACAAGCAAGCAAGUGAGAACAUGUAUACUGUGCUAGGUGAUGUCUUUAGGAAAUGUGAUCCGACAGGCAACAUUGGGAAUGCUAUUGGAUAUGAAUGUAUAUGCACAGUGGCAUCUAUUUAUCCAAAUUCAAAGUUAUUGGAAGCAGCUGCUGAAAUAACAUCCAGGUUCUUAAAGAGUGACAACCAUAAUUUGAAGUAUAUGGGCAUUGACGCUCUUGGUAGAGUCAUCAAGAUCAACCCUGACUUUGCAGAGGAGCAUCAAUUGGCAGUGAUCGAUUGCUUAGAGGAUCCUGAUGAUACACUAAAGCGGAAGACAUUGGAUUUACUUUAUAAGAUGACAAAAUCCAGCAAUGUCGAAGUCAUUGUAGAUCGCAUGAUCAGCUAUAUGAUAAGCAUCAAUGACACACACUAUAAGACAGAAAUAGCAUCUCGAUGUAUAGAAUUAGCUGAGCGCUUUGCUCCAAGCAACCAUUGGUUCAUUCAGACUAUGAACAAAGUUUUUGAGCAUGCGGGAGAUCUGGUAAACAUUAAAGUGGCACAUAAUUUGAUGCGAAUCAUUGCUGAAGGAUCCGGGGAGGAUGAUGAAGAUGCCGAUAGUCAACUGAGAUCCUCUGCUGUAGAUUCAUAUUUGCAGAUACUUGACGAACCAAAACUUCCUUCUAUUUUUUUACAAGUCAUUUGCUGGGUUUUAGGAGAGUAUGGAACAGCUGAUGGAAAAUACCCGGCCUCAUAUAUCAUAGGAAAACUAUGUGAUGUAGCUGAGGCCCAUUCAGGAGAUAAUGUUGUCAAGGGUUAUGCUGUCACUGCUAUUAUGAAGGUCUGUGCCUUUGAAAUGGCAGCUGGAAAGAAAGUGGAGCUAAUACCAGAGUGCCAUUCCUUAAUUGAUGAACUCUCAGCUUCCCAUUCAACAGACUUGCAACAACGGGCAUAUGAAUUACAGGCACUGAUAGGGCUAGAGGCUGAUACUGUUGAGAGUGUGAUGCCAUUGGAUGCAAGCUGUGAAGACAUUGAGGUAGACAAGAACUUGACAUUUUUGAAUGGUUAUGUACAAUCAUCUUUGGAGAAAGGAGCAAGGCCUUAUAUUCCUGAGAAUGAGCGGGGUAACAUAGGUAAUGUGAAUGCUUUUCGCACUCAUCAAGAUCAAACUGAAGGUGUUGGUCAUUCUUUAAAGUUUGAAGCAUAUGAAAUUCCAAAGGCUCCUGUGCCAACCAGAGCUAUCCAAGUAUCUAGCUCAACAUCAAAUGAAUUUGAGGUGGUGAUAGACUCAAAUUAUGCAAGAGCUAUGCAGUUAUCUGCACCUGUUUCGUCUCCAGCAAAUGCUGAAAUGUCUAAUUUUGAUGGCCUCAAGCUGCGACUAGAUGGAGUACAAAAGAAAUGGGGCCGACCAACUUAUACUUCCAGUUCAGCAACAUCUGCCUCGUCAGCUAACAUUGACAAAACCAAUAAUGGGUCACAUGUAAGUGCUCUUGGAGAAGCGACUGGCGUGCAGAACCGAGAGAGCUCAUAUGAAUCAAGACAUGUGGAUAGAAGGCAGCAAAACGAAGUCUCUACUGAGAAGCAGAAGCUCGCUGCUUCAUUAUUUGGAUCAUCAUCUUCAAAAACUGAUAAAAAAGCAUCUGCUACAAAGGCUUCUAAACCAGUUGAUAAGAAGAGUAACCAUAUCCAUCCAGAGAAGACUCAGACAGAGACGGCAGUUUCUGCACCUAAUAGAGUGGAAACCAUUCCUCAAAAUGUUACAGCAACACCUCCACGAGAUCUCCUUGAUUUAAGUGAAGAAGUCCCUGCAGUGAAAGUAUCCUAUGACCCAUUCAAGGAGCUAGAGGGCCUUCUUGAAGGUCCUCUAGAAUCGGCACCAGCCAAGCCUGCAGCUUCUGUUGCUAGUAGUUCACCAGUAGAUCUUGUGUCUUUGUAUGGGGGUGUUUCUUUGGGACCAACGGCCUCCAGUGCUCCAGUUGCAUCAAAUAUCCUUGGAAAUGACUUACUUGGGGGAGCCCCAGUCAUGCAAACUGGUUUAUCCAAUUUGAAUGCACAAUCUAUUUCUAGCCAGUCUCUACCAUCAGUUAAAAAGGGGGAAUCUCCCCAGGAUUCUUUACAUAAAGAUGCAGUAUCUAGACAGGUUGGAGUGACUCCAACAGGGGAGAACCCCAAUCUUUUCAGAGAUCUGCUAAGUUAAUAUAUUUGGAUUGCAAAUGACUCAGAUUCGUUUUUCUGUAAUACGGUAAUUCUAUCUUGCUGAAUUUAGAAUCAGAGAAUGGAAGGGAAGCAAUAGAGAGCAAAAUGCAAAAUACAAAAGCUAAAUUCGGCUGAGAUUGCAGGUGCUUAUUUUUCCCAGUUGAAUGAUUUUUGUGUUGGCAGAACUCUAAAUGUUUUAUGAGAAGUGAAUAGCGGAAUUCAAAAUGUUGUCCAUCAUGUAUCUUAGAAUUUUAGGCUUAGAUAUAUGAGCUUUGUAGAUCAUCUCUUCCAUUUUUCUCCCUGUAUUUGUUAACUCAAGAUUAGAUGAAAUUCUCCAAAUAGGAGAAUGAUGUUUUAUGUCCUUUUAUUGGAAUGCCUUGCCUUAAAUUCCCCCUGUAAGAGAUUUUGAGAACUACUGUUCCAUUGGGGUUAUGCGUCAUGAUCAUGAACACUUAUUGUGGUGUUCUAAGAGCUAAUUGAGUAAAUAAGUGUACUAAGGUGUUUGUUGGAAUAUUUGUUCUUUGCUGAGUGGUAAUAAUUUCCCUGUUGUCACUA